AUGAUGGAGCAGGAUCUGAAGAUGAUGGAGCAGGAUCUGAAGAUGAUGGAGCAGGAUCUGAAGGCCUGCUACUCAAUUGAAGAGAACUUCGACAUUAACUAUAAGAUGCUGAACACACUGGGUGAAGGAAACUUUUCAGUGGUGAAACGGGCCUUCCAUGUCCCCACAAGUACCUCUGUGGCUGUAAAAAUUCUCCAAAACACCAAGGAGUACACCUCACCCAUCUGCAGGGAAGCCAGGAUUAUGAAAUCACUUAGCCAUCCUAACAUUAUCAAGCUGUUUCAUGUGGUCCAGAGAAGAGAGACUACCUACCUGGUGAUGGAGUAUGCCUCAGAGGGAGAGCUACUAGAUCGCAUCAUCAACGUGGGGUCUUUAGAGGAGAGCGAGACUCGAAGGCUGUUUGCCCAGAUAGUACAUGCAGUGCAGUACUGCCAUGACCAUCACAUUGUCCAUAGAGACAUAAAGGCCAGCAACAUUUUGAUCGACUGCAGGGGAAAUGCCAAGCUGUGUGAUUUUGGCUUGGCUGCUGAAGUGAUUCCUGGACAAAAGCUGGCAGGUUUCUGUGGCACACUGCCCUACUGUGCCCCGGAACACUUGCAAGCAGAGAAAUAUGAGGGCCUCCCUGUAGAUAUCUGGAGUUUAGGGGUCCUCCUGUUCCUCAUGGUAUCUGGGAACUUGCCUUUCCAAGGCAGGUCUUUUGUGGACUUGAAGCAGGAGAUCAUCUCUGCAAACUUCAGCAUCCCUUCCCAUGUUUCCAUUGACAUUUCCAAUGUCAUCAUUGAACUGCUGAUGAUCAAUCCCAGCAGGAGGCCCACCAUCCACCAAAUCAUGAGGCACCCCAUGAUCAGGGGCAGUGAGGCAUGUUUACCACCUACUUCCACACAGACUUUCCCAGGCACCCCAAGCCACAGCAUUGUCAGGACCAUGACAGUCAUCACAUAG